CAGUGCCGGCGCAGUGGCCGGGCCAUCGUGUCCUGUGCCUAGCUUUCCGUGCUCUCUUUUCUCCGAUCCUGUUCGAACGUCGUCCACGGUAUCCCCAGGGACGCGUCGUCCUCUCUUUUCUACGGUGCGCUGAAUCCCGAGGACCCUCGAAAUCCGCCGCGUUCGCGACCACCGAGUGUUUCGUUCGUCCGGGAUGAGAAUCGUCCUCGUCGGAUGUGAUGCGUUGUCGUGACACUCGCGGAGGUCCUGCCGCGUAGGACCUCUCUCUCCCCCGGUGCUACUUGUCCAACUGGUGAUCCUUUCACGUGGACGAUCCUCGUUUUUCUUCGUCCGAUCGUUGUCGAGGUGGCUGGUUAGCGGGAAACGGACAGGACGAGCGGAAGAGGAAGGACACCCUGCCGGGCAGCUGCCGGGAGGAUCACAGAGCGAAGAGGUGGGAGCCAUGCCGCCCGGGCGAGCUUCCCUCGAGGUAGCCAGGAUCGUCCAGCAUCCCUGUCCUUCUGGUCGCCUCUGUUGAGGUGAGGAAUUGUGGAUUGCUGGUGUAGGAGUUCGGCCCCAGGUGUGGCCCAGGGGUUACCCUGGGGACCUCGGGGAUCUGUAGGCGCGAGGACGAGGCUACUAAGAAGGACGAAGGACACGGGAGGCGGAGGAGGCCGCUAUGAACGCCAGCGUCAACAUCGAGAGGAACUCCUGGCGGCUGCCUCCCGACGAGACCGUCCAGGUCGCCGAUCCCCGUUCAAAGUCAGCUCAGGUAAAAGAGGAUCUAACGUACGCGGAGGGCGGCCACAAUUGGCGGAGCAUAAUCUUCUCGCUGCUGGUCAUCGGUUUUGUUAUCGCCGGGAUCGUUACGGCCAUUUACCUCCUCGGGUACGUCGACGAGCUGUUGUACUGGAGCGGCAGACGCCUCACGUUAGACGAGUGCCUUCGCGAUGAUCUGACGCCUCAUAGGCUAACACCAACCUGGAUCUCUCAUGACAAGUUUAUCUACCAGGCUGACGACGGAUCUCUCACGCUCCUGGACACUAGCAACAAUUCCGUGUCUCUUCUGGUCUCCAAUCACACGCUCAGGCAGCUGAAUGUUCAAGGCUACCAGUGCAGCGCCGAUCUGCGUUACGUGUUGUUCAAGCACAAUGUCAAGCCGGUAUUCAGAAACACCUUCACCGCUUACUACACUGUCUACGACGUUACGAACGACCACCACACACCUCUUCGUCUGCACGCGUCGCGAAGGAUGCAGCAAACGCGUCUGCAACACGCCGCCUGGUUGGGUAACACCUCGGGUCUCCUGAUGAUCUCCGAGAACGACAUCUACGUGAGGAUGGCGCCAUCCGCAGCGGAGGACGCUCGGCUAACGGACACGGGUGUUCCUGGCGUGAUUUACAACGGUGUCCCCGACUGGUUGUACCAGGAGGAAGUGUUGCCUCGGCCAGAAGCAGCCUGGCCCAGCCCCGAUGGCACUCAUCUUCUUUACGCUACCUUCAACGAUACCAAAGUCACUGCCCUGGAGUUUCCCUGGUUCAGCACGCAGCCUGGUCAAGAUGGCUCCAGUUCCAGUCCUCUGUCCGUCACCAGGAGAGGUACCUUCCCGCCUUCCAGAUCGGUCAGGUAUCCGACUCCUGGUUCGCCCAACCCGGAGGUUGACCUGUGGAUGCUGGAGCUCGCUAACGUGACCAAUUUCGGGAACGGAAACAGCACAGCGAAUUCGACGACCAUAUCCAAGAUCAAACUCAAACCACCGCCAGCGUUGGACGGACAGGAGUAUUAUCUAAUAUCCGCUGGUUGGGUGGGCGAGGACUCCAGUCACGUGGCUGUCGUAUGGAUGACGAGGUCGCAGAAUCUGUCGUUGGUAUCGGCGUGUCGUGCACCCACGUGGGAGUGCGAGGAGACCCACUCGGAACGUGCACCCGAAGGACAAUGGCUCGACGCGCAGCCUCAUCCUCUGUUCGCGCCUGACGGUGACAGCUUCUUACUGUUAGCUACCGUUCAGGAAGGCGACAAAGAACACUUCACUCACAUUAAACAUGUGACGUUGACCCAGCAGAGGAUAGCUGUUCUUUCUCACGGUCGAUACGAGGUCAGCGAAAUCUUAGCGUGGGACACCAAGGCCCACCUGGUGUACUACUUGGGUACCAGAGAAAGAAGGCCAGGACAGAGACACUUGUACGUGGUUCGCGAUCCCACUGCCGACGAUCCUCGACGUCUAGAACCGCUCUGUGUCACCUGCGAUCUUGGCGAGGUCCUCUGGAGCAGUAGGUUCUACUACACCAACUGCACGCACUUUGGCGCAUCCGUCAGUCCAGCGGUCAGCGAAGAAACUCAGGGUUACUACGUUCUUUACUGCGAAGGUCCAGGUCUCCCGUUGGCCGGUGUGCACAUGAUGAGCUCCCAUAAGAUGAUCAGGGUGCUGUACGACACGAGAAUCCAGCGGGGAGACAAGCUCUCGCAGUUGGCCCUGCCGACUCGAAGAAGUUUCGAGGUACCUUUGCCUCAAGGUUGGAAAGCUCAGGUACAACUUCUGCUGCCACCUUCGUGGCGAGAGGAGCUCAGAGACGCGGCUUUCCCGGUGCUGGUCGAAGUGAACGGUCGUCCAGGUAGCGAAGCGGUGACUGACCGCUUUAAAAUCGAUUGGGGUACCUACAUGUCCAGCCACAACGACGUGGUGUACGUCAGAUUGGACGUUCGAGGCGCCAGGGGUCAGGGAAAGAGGGACUUGUUCAGGAGGAUCGGAGGCGUCGAGGUUCAGGACCAGCUGACCGUGCUGAGGCACCUGCUGAAGACCCUGAAAUAUCUGGACGUGACGAGGGUCGGUGUGUGGGGUUGGGGAUACGGGGGCUACGUGACCGCCAUGGUGCUGGGAAGCCAGGAGAACGUGUUCAAGUGUGGCGUCGCCGUAAAUCCCAUCGCGGAUUGGUUAUAUUACAAUUCCGCGUUCACGGAACGAGUCCUCGGUGCUCCAGCCGAAAACUACAAAGGUUACGUGGAGGCUGACCUGACCCAACGGGCAAGGCUAGUGCCGAGUCACAGUCUCUAUCUUCUUCAUGGUCUAGCUGACCUCACAGCGCCUUACACGCACGGUGUCGCCUUUGCCAAGGCUCUGUCCGAUGCGGGUAUCAUCUUUAGGUACCAGAGCUACGCGGACGAAGACCACGCCUUAUCGGGCGUGUUGGAGCACGCUUAUCGUUCCAUGGAGGACUUCCUCGCCGAGUGCCUCUCCCUGGACGCGUCCUAGUGCCUCAAACCGAACACUCCCUCGUUGUCUCUAGUUCGCCUACUUCUGAUACAUCCCGGAUGGGCCUGGAUGCUCGUCGACGAGGCUCGCCGUUCAGGAUUAGACUAGUUCAUACGCGUUCUCGGGAGCAUCCGAUCGUUUCGAAGAUGGCACCUUACGGAGAAAUCUCCACGUCCCGCGGAGACUGAAAGUCGAAGCCGAGGAUGCUUUCACUCGCUGACUAGGGUGUGACCGGGAAACGGAUAGGAUAAAAAACGGUGAUGACAGGGAUGAGCUAAAGCUAGCGUUUGUAUAAGUAAUAUCGUUGAUAACGUUGUAUAUCGAGCCGCCUGCGUCAGCCAGCGGAUUCCUCUUUGCUACGAAGAAACUCGUUGACCGUGCUCUCUGGACGCGCAUCCCGAAUACCUCCUUAGUAGAUCCCGACACACGGAGGCGUAGUGUCUAGCCGAAGCAGCUUCGCGAGCUCCUCUCUUGUCCCCGACCCGGAAUUCGUUGGAGUCGCGAGCUUGCAAGCUCUCACCACUUUUUAUACAACUCGAGAAUCUGACUGGGACGCGUGACGAACGAAAUGGAGAACCGUGAGCGACGAUCCAACGCAUCGAGCUUAGCGCGAGCUUGCAGGCUCCCGACCCGUGUUUUUUAUAUCGAUCCUGCACACUAGCCAGCGCAAGCUGAAGUCGUUCGUAGGCCGUGUUCCGCUUUCCAAGGUAUCGAGCUUACCGGAGCUUGCAAUCCCUUGCUCUUCUCUCGGAGGUUCGAUCAUAGUCGAAAUAUGAAUUCCAGGUUCAUCGUUUAUCUAAAACCUCUCGAUUACUGGUUCCUUAGCCCUAUUUGAUGCACUCAAGAACUUUACUAACCAUAAAUCGAACAAAAUUUUUCAAUUGUUUCCCUGUUCGAAAGUCCAUGACCGGUUUACAAUGUUACGAAUCUUGUUCUUACAUAUCCAGGCACAUAAGUUUCGAUCAGAACCUAUAAUUUAAAUUUCGACUGGGGAGACCAUCUUGAAACGACUCUGCAUCGACGUAACUAGGACUUUCGUCCGAGUUGAGCCAAGCCCCCUGAUUUAGAAUUGUCCACUUUAUACAAAUACGUUCACGUUAUUAUACUUGCAUUAAAUGUUGCAUUUAGAACGAAAUAAUUUCUAGCGAAGAAAGGGACUAGACUCAGUUUGAGCAGCGCCUAGUUACGUCAGUGGCUGAGGUAAAACGUGGAUGAUCUCGUGACUUAAUUUUUCGCAAUCGCUACGCUAUAUCGGUGCCUCCCUGAUUUUCGGGCGACAGAAUGGCUAUGCGAUGAGGUUCGUCCAGGAGUACCAACACACUGACCGUUUUAGAAAGAAACGCCUAGUGUUAAGGUUUCGUGUUGUACAGCUUGGCGCCUAGUCUGUGUACCGUAAAAGGGAUAAACGGUUUUUCUCACCCUUGCUCCCCGACCCGAAUUCACCCCGUUACGAUCCCUUCGAAUAUUUGUAUAUAUCUGUAAGGUUGCAGCCCCGAAAGGACGCGGUCCCUCGACGAGGUUCGCAUGUGUUCCCGUUUGUCGUUGAUCGUUUGUUGUACUAUACAUAUAUCGCUAAGUUGUACUAUACACACAUACACACACAGUUUCCAGAUUAAAUAAUUGAUUAAGUAAGCGGCUCGAGGCUUUAGGAUAACGUUCAUCACCUUAGAGCUCGUUCGAGAGAACGGACCUCGUCGCGGGCAACGAAUACCUUUUCUCGAUCAACCGUCGCGUCGGAGACCCUGAAGAAGUUGACGAAACAACUUCCAGCGGAGAAUGUUCCGUUUUCCGAGCGGAACCUCGGGGAUCGUUCGGACGAUGCCGAAGAAUCGUUCGAGAUCGGUCGAACCGGAGAUCCCUCGAUCCUUUCCACGAACAAGGAAGAAUCGAGGGAGCUCGAUUUAGGGCACGAUCGAUCGCGCGAACGAACGAAGAGUCGCACGUCGCCAUAAACGCUGCCUGCCCAGCAGCCCUUAAAUGCCGACAAUCAAGGCUAGUGCAACUAAUCAAACGAUAAUAAAUAGAACGGAGAGGAUGAAGAUAUUACCUAAUAAUAUUAAUGAACCUUAGUUGAACGUUCGUUAUGGUUCGUCCAUGGUGCUCCGCGGUAUACGUCUUCAUUGUUAGCCGAUAACUAGCGAGAGUUCCCUUCGUUUCCUUUAUUUCUCAAUUUUAAAGUCCAACUUCGAAAUUUUCCAAUUUUAAAAAUAAGAUUCUACUCGAGAUUAAAAUUUACAUCGUUGGAAUAAAUUGUAAGUUGUAUAAAUUAUAAUGUCGACAUCGAGAACAUCCUUUCGCGAAAGAAUCCUUCACGUACUUCCAUGGAAAAAUUUCUGUGGAGCCCGCGGGCACACGGACGACCAUAGAAUCGUUAGAUCGAAGAUUACGUGCUUGAUGUCGAUUGUAGAGAGUACAAAAGGCGAAUCACGCGGCCAAAGGAUCGUCCAGCAAAUUAUUUACUCGAUCGAUCGAACAUAUUUUUCCCCGUUCCAUGAAAAACUCCAUUCGAAACAACGUUGUCUCGUCGUUUUUCCACGCAAGUGAGAACCCUGUAAUAAAUAAUCGUGCCUCGGCUCAACGUUCAUCAACUUGGCCAUGGAACGAGGAAGAAGCUGUUCGUGAUUCCUAACCGAUAACGAUUCUUUAGCCCCGCGAUAAGGACAGACACGUUGUUGUUUCACGUUAUGCAAAUAAAAAGUUGUUCAUCCUCGUUGGUGUUAUCGGAGACACCAUUCUUUCGUAAGAAACGAACGAACGAAUGAAUGUAACGAGACGAAAGUUGUACGUACGUGUGUGCGCGUGUGCGUCGAGGAAGCGAGAACGUGUGAGUGCGUAAGUGUGCAAUCGCAAUCAAUUAUUAACUGUAAUAAAAACGGCAGAAAGUGCGGCGAAAAAUGAAACUGUAGGCAUAGAUCUCGAACGGCAGGCACGCAGACAGUAACAACAACAAGAACAACAAUAACAGCAACAAAAUACAAGCAUGCGAAUUACGAGAGAAUUAAUCGUAACGAAAAUGAAAAAAAAACAUUAAAUAAAAUAAAGUAAAAUAAAAGAAACCUUGGUAGAAGCGCAUAAGGGUAUCUUAUAAGCUUUUGGUAAACGUAUUAUCGCCGCUAGGCUAAAGAGAAUUAUAAUAAGAAAAUAAAAAAGAUAUAUAUAUAUAUUAUACAAUAAAGAGAGAAAUAAUGCGAUACACAGAGAAGAGGGAUGAGAAGAGAGACAUCGCGCAGAAUAUUCUGCGAAUCACGCGGACAUCGAGUUCACGAAUCGGGCCCGUGCGAACUAAAAAAAAAGAAAAAAAUUAAAAAAAAAUAUCGCGCGAAUAAUUGUUGACGAGAUUCGUUUUUGUUCACGUUCUGAACGAUUCUUGAAACGAGAGAGAAAGAGACGAGCAUUUAUAAUCAUCGAUCGAGGAUAGAAGGAUUAUUUAUUAAUAACGAUAAUGCGUCUAUUUGAAAAUUCUUUGGAUAAUCUGUGAUAUUCAGAUUGACGAUUAUUAUCGAUUAUUUGGCGGUUUCGACACGGUGUUGUUUUUAACGUCAACGGAUGCACGCUCGAACAUCGAGGUAUUAUAUUUAAGAUAAGAUAUCGUUUAAAGAAAAUUGUUCGAGUAAUUCGUAAUUCGAGACUGAAUCCAAGUAGUUCGAGAAUCGAAACCGACAUGCAUUUUUAAUAUGCUAGUUUUUAAUGUAUUUCAAAUUCGAGAGAUCACCCUUUUACAACUAUUGUACCUAUGAUUCUUUUCUUUAUAACAAUAGAGAAUUUGUUGGUAGAAAUAAAAUUUGUAUAGAAAAAAAUUGUUUAAAUUUCACGAAUAGAAUCGAUGGUAACCUUUUCAUUUUAACCCCGUAUAAUAUUGAAUUUCAAUUUCCACUAGGAUCACGCGUGCUAAAAAGAAAAGCAAUCCUGAAUUUUAUACUUAAAAAUUGUUAUACGAAUGUCCGUAGAAACGAACGCAGAAUUAAACGAAAAUAAUUGAUUUCACGUCUAUGCACGGUCACCGACAAGAACAAUCGAAACUUGGACUUAGUUUCGGAGCUAACCAACUCGUCACGAUCUAUACGCGUAUAUCAGAAUCCUCGAAAUAAAUUGCAUAAUCGAGGCAAUUUCGGAACGACGUUUGAUCGCGAUAACCGAUCGAACGCAACACGUGAAACGUUGUAUCGAAGCUUGCCCGAUAACUCGUUGAUUCGAUCGUGUUCGCGAGUGUGCUCGACACGCUCGGACAAUUGUUUUUUAUAAUAAUUAUUCGCUCGAGUGGCGCGAAUUAUCGUUCGAAUGACAGGCGUUCUCGACAGCGUCUCGUGGGGAAACAAGGACACGCGGAUUGUUUCCACUCGGUUUUUUUACGAUAUUCGCACGGACCUGGAGAACGAACAUCCACGAAAUCAACUGUUGCGACAGCAAAUUCUUUAACAAAUAACUUCGAUACAAUGUUUACGGUUCAAUUGUAAAAUUCUGUCGCGUAACGCGUUGAAUCAUUCUCGCUCAAAUCUUUUGGAUUUUUUACUGGAACACUUUUAAACAGUCCUGUAUCGCACCCUCUGCGAUCAGAAUAUUAAAUGUUCAGGGACCUUGAUCCGAAAAUCGAGUUCAGUAUUUUCAGUAUAUAGUUUUACUUGCAGAGAACCAUUUCUUUUACGAGUUAAACAAAUUUCCAUGAAACGCGUCAAUGCCAAUUAAAAUUUUUCAUAAUAAAGUAGACAAUGUCAUUCAACGCGUUACUCCGAUACAAUGUCUCUGUCACAAUGGUGCAUUACAAUAAACAAUUGUAAAGAAUUAGAAAAUGAACAGCAUUCUAGAUAAAUUGUAACCACCGAUUUCGAGGAUAUCGUUCGAAGUUCUAAUUCCACGUAACACCCACGAGAUAAUCAUGUUACUAAGACUCUGCGUUUUUUAAUAUCAGCGAGACUUCGGCCCGUACCACGGUCGAACAAAAAGUGUUUUCAAUAAACUGUUAC